UUUAAUGUCAACAUCAAGAUUAGCUAUUAGAUUAUAUACCUAUAGAGGCUAUUCAGCUCCCUGGAGAGUUAGCAUAAUGCUAAAAUUGAAGUAACUUCAAUUCCAACCAUUUUUUGUAAAUUUACCCAAAGCUGAGUAACUAUCAAAUAUGUAUUCUUAAAUCAAUCCACUUUAAGUAAUUGGAGUCAUUUAAUAUUGAUAGAUUGUUCCUACUCUAGAAAUCAAUGGAUAAUUAUUACAUGAGAGUAUGGCAAUUGCAGAAUAUCUGGAGGAAGAGUUUCCAAGAACCAAAUUACUUCCAAAAUCUCCCUUAGAGAAAGCCAUCGUAAGGUAAUUCCAUAUAAUACUUUAGAUCCAUGUGUGAAACAGUAAAUAGUGGCAUUCAUCCAUAUCAUGCGUCUAGAUUCUACAAAUACGUUCACAAUUAUGUGAGCGAUAUAAAUAGAUAGGAAAUUUCAGAACCUUUCUUGGAGAGAGGUUUCACAGGUUUAUUGAAUAUAAUACAUAAUAGCAUUAAACACUCUGGUGGAAAAACAUGGUGGAGAUUAUGCCUUCGGAAACUAAGUGACAAUAGCCGAUGCUUUCUUGUAUCCAGCAUUUAGAGGGGAUGAUGUAUCUUAUUUGGUCAACUUGGAUAAAUACCCAGCCCUCAAAAAGGUUGUGGAGAACUUGGAUCAACUGCCAGAAUUUGGAUAUGAGCAUCCAGACUCUCAAGGAUGACAUUAUUAUUAUGAAU